UCUUCUACCAUCUCCUCCUUUCAUGAGAUGGGGCGCAAAAAGCGAAAUAAAAUAGAAGGAGAGCUUGAAAUACAACAUAAGCAUCAACAAGCUUGGCCCAAUAAAAAUUAUGGCGUUGUGAUUCUUUUCCCAUCCCUCAUCAGGGUCUACAACACUCUGCCCAUCAUUCUUCAACCAAAACAUUUUCAGUGCAUGAUCUGGAAUAAUAGGGUUUCGUUAGGGUUGGUUCUUUAGUCUGAAGAGUAGCCCAGUCGUGACCGUAGUCUUCUGAGUGAAUAUCUCAAGCAAUACACCUUAGAAUUAGAUCAGCACACAUUUUAGGUAUAGAUCUGUCUCUUCUUCUUUCUAAAUCUAAUCAAAAACAAGCAAAGAGCAGGGCUCUUAGACCUAGAAGUAGAAAUCAGCGGACGUCAAGCGCGGAGUGUGAUGACCGGAAACGCAGCCUUUUUCCUCGCGAGGUCCGGGUAAUCGCAAUCGGUAAAGAGCCAUCUACUACUUUUUGGCUCUUCCGCCGCCAUUCAUGUCUGCCAGUUUUCCUGGUAGGCCCACACCUAAACUAACCUAUUACGAACAAGGAUGAAAAGUUCUCUUUCUUAUAUAAGGUUACGAAUACUCUUGCACUUCAUCGUUAAAAAGAUACUCCUGAAGAAAAGUUCUUAAACUAUUCGUUGUUGUAUUACACUUUUUUAUUACUACUACAUACAACUGGAACUGUUGCUGUUCACGUGGUCACUCUUACUUAGUCACUGCUGGGUGAGCUUUCAAUUGAGAGACUUAUUGUACUCCUAACAGUAAUCACUAUGACAAUUAACUUCUUACGAAAGUAUCUUAGUAACUAUAAAAAUGGAUCGGCUUGUAGUUUUUCUCCUCUGUAUGUACUGAUGAGCUACGAAAUAAAUCGGUCGCGACGGGGGCGAUGUCUUAUUCCAUUAAGAUCACACGACGACAGUCUUAUUCCGCAAGCGUGUUCGUCUGACAAAGACAAGGCGAG